GAAAAGUCUAAAUUGGUAAUAUUAAUAACGUUUGGAACGUAAACAAAACGUGUCAAAUCAAAUCCAGGAACUAAUUUAUAGAAACCCCGGCGGCGAGGAUGAAAACGCCUCUCCAUCUCUCUCAAGCUCCAGUUCGGAACCUGAAGCUGAGAUCCCGGCGAUCAGAGAAAGCCUAAUCGAGCGAUCAAUCAAUCGGAGAAGGAUCUAAAGUUGCAAUUUCACCGCAGUCGGUUUCUGGGUCGAGGAUCGCUGCUUGAAAUAAAAGGAAAAGGGGGCAAGAGAGGCUCGCUUGCUUUCUUGGUUUUUUAUACAAGGAAAAUCUGGCUUCAUUUCCUUGAUUAGUUUCCUCGGGGACGAAUUGGUCUUUCUUUUUCGUUUAUUGUUUCUCAGAUGGCUUCCGUUCUUGGGAGAUAUGGAAGAAAAUGGUCAUUGGGUUGUGUUUCAUAUCACAAAAACCACCUCCCUCGAUUCUCCACAGUAACCCAUUCGGCUGUUCCUUCUGAACCCAUUCAGCAGCAACAAGCUGGCAGAUCAAUGAACCUCUAUUCUGCCAUCAAUCAAGCUCUCCAUAUCGCAUUGGAGUCUGAUUCUCGUUCUUAUGUGUUUGGUGAAGAUGUUGGGUUUGGAGGGGUCUUCCGUUGUACUACCGGAUUGGCUGAACGAUUUGGUAAACAUAGGGUAUUCAACACCCCACUUUGUGAGCAGGGCAUUGUUGGAUUCGCUAUUGGUCUGGCAGCUAUGGACAAUCGAGCCGUAGCAGAAAUCCAGUUCGCAGAUUAUAUUUUCCCAGCUUUCGACCAGAUUGUUAAUGAAGCCGCAAAGUUUAGGUAUAGAAGUGGAGGCCAGUUUAAUUGUGGAGGUUUAACAAUAAGAGCGCCAUAUGGAGCAGUGGGUCAUGGCGGACACUAUCAUUCACAAUCCCCUGAAGCUUUUUUCUGUCAUGUUCCUGGUAUAAAGGUGGUUAUCCCCCGUAGCCCCAGUCAAGCAAAAGGAUUACUGCUUUCAAGCAUACGGGACCAGAAUCCUGUUGUGUUCUUCGAACCGAAGUGGCUUUAUCGGCUAUCUGUAGAAGAGGUUCCAGAGCAUGACUAUAUGUUGCCUUUAUCUGAAGCUGAGGUGAUUCGUGAAGGCAGUGACAUAACACUUGUCGGCUGGGGGGCUCAACUUUCCAUCAUGGAACAGGCCUGUAUCGACGCAGAAAAGGAGGGAAUUUCUUGUGAAUUGAUAGACUUGAAGACCCUAAUACCUUGGGAUAAGGAGACAGUUGAGGCUUCAGUUAGCAAGACGGGGAGACUACUCGUGAGUCAUGAAGCACCGAUUACUGGAGGUUUUGGUGCUGAGAUCUCUGCGUCAAUUGUAGAGCGUUGCUUCCUAAGGUUGGAAGCUCCAGUGAGCAGGGUUUGUGGGCUGGACACACCUUUCCCUCUAGUUUUUGAACCGUUCUACAUGCCAAACAAGAACAAGAUACUGGACGCCAUAAGAUCAACUGUGAACUAUUAGCUCCGGACGCUGUGUGAUAAAUAAGCAACACAGCUGAAGUAGGAGACGAAGACAUAGAACCCAACAAAAGAAGAGCCCAAUAUUCUGAUUUCAGUGUGUUGUGCUUGGGAAGGUCAAUAGCUUUAGUGCUUGUAUUUGUGCGAUGUGCCUUGUUGUUGGAUCAUGUAUUGAUUUCAGUAAUGAAGUUGAACCAACUACUUGACGAAUUGUUGAAAACAUCAUUUAGAUAUGGUGACUUGAUUGAACCGCACUUGAGAUUGAUUUUUUUGCACAAUCACUGUUAGUGUGGGUGACAGUUUACACAGUUCGAGUAUCUGUGAUUUUGAGAAAGGAAAGCCAAAUUUUGAAGUCCACAGUGAGAGUAGGGUUGCAAACGAGCCGAGCCGAGUUUUUGCUUAGCUUGAGCUCGGUUCG